CCAACCGCGGCACCCCACGGCGUGAGGCAAGCAGGCUCGGAAGCUCAGUUGGCUAAAAAAAAAAGGCUCGGAAGCUCAGUGUCCAGCUCGACUCCGGCCUAGCGUCUCGCCGGCGCCCGGCCCCCCUGCCUGUCCAUGCCGCCGGAGAAAUCGCCGCAGUCCCCAGUGGCUUGUGCACAAAGAGUUCUAAUUUCGAACAAACUCGGGGAGAAGCUUGUUGGUUUAUUACAUGAAGCAUGCUCGAAGGAACUUGUGAUCCUUUGUCAUGGAUUCAGAGCUACAAAGGACGACAGUAUCUUGGUCGACCUUGCCGCUGCACUAGCAAGUGCAGGAGUUAAUGCUUUUCGGUUUGAUUUUGCUGGAAAUGGGGAAAGUGAGGGUCUAUUCCAAUAUGGGAACUACCGAAAAGAGGCAGAUGACUUGCGCUCUGUAGUAUCUUAUUUCUCAGAACAGAAGUAUGACAUAAUUGCCCUUGUUGGGCAUAGCAAAGGAGGAAAUGCUGUGCUUUUAUAUGCUUCCAUGUACCAUGAUGUUACCGUCAUUGUGAAUAUUUCUGGCCGCUUUGCUUUAGAGGAAGGUAUCGAAGGGCGGCUGGGGAAGAAUUUCCUGCAGAGGAUAAAGAAAGAUGGAUACAUAGACGUCAGAAAUAAAAAAGGCAAGUUUGAGUACCGGGUGACAGAAGAAAGUCUGCGAGAUCGUCUGAGCACUGAUACCCUGCUUUCGAGCCGCUCCAUAAGCAAAGGCUGCAGGGUUCUCACGGUUCACGGCUCUGAAGAUGAAACGGUCCCAGCGAGAGACGCCCUGAUGUUUGCCGCGCACAUACCAAACCAUGACUUGCACAUAGUCGUGGGAGCCAACCAUCGGUACACAGGCCACGAGCAAGAGCUGACAUCACUUGCACUGGAUUUCAUCAAGCCCCGUCCUCGAAAAUCAUCGUCCUUGCGUCCGAAACUGUGAUCGUCUGACCAUUGUGGAGCUUGAUUGAUGCACCAUUUACUUGUUACAUUACCGGAUGGCCAAAUGCCUGGAUAGUCGUUGUGCUGUGCUGCAGAAACGUCACUAAUUUCAGUAAAGAUUUCUUCGUCUUA